CGGGACAGAGGGACGGACGGAGGCUGGCUGGCUCGGGGUGGGACGACAGAGUGACAGAGCAACGGACAGGUGGAAGCAGUUAGACAGCUUGAGUCAGGGAGAGCAGAACGCUGAGGAGAGGCAGAAGGAGAGAGAGAGGGAAAGAAAGAGAGAGAGGGAGAGAGACAGAGGGAAAGGGCGCGAGAGGGAGAGGGAGAGAAAGAGGGAGAGAGCGAGCGAGCAGCGCUCGCGCGCAUCCUCCCCUCCAGACGCCCUCCGCUGUCCGAAGGAAGAGGCCAGGGCACCGAGUGGGAGCUGGAGAGCGAUCCCGGCACAGAAGACCGGAACAGGGACCUUGAAUUGCUAGUGGGACCGAGACACGCCGAGGGACCGACAGACCGACACACGCACCGACUGCCAGCCGGCGCGAGUGGCAGCUCCGAGAGCAGAGCGCAGGAGAGCGAGAAUCCAGCGCUGAGCCGCCCGGCUGAGGGACAGUCAGGCAGACAGACGUGCAGAGGGACAGACUGGCAGACAGGAGGCGGGGGCUCCUUCACUUCCCGGAGCCAGCCGGGCAGAGGAGGCGGCGGCGGCGCCCCCUGAGCUCGUCCGGAGCAGCGACAAGCAGCGGGGGCAGCGGGGUCGUCAGCCAAAGCCACCACGGUCGCCGCAGCCGCGCGUGGAUCCCAGCCGCCGACGCUGCAGAAAGCUCGUUUUACUAGCAGUUAAAUAAAUCGACCAAAAAAAAAAAAAAAAAAAAAAGCCAAGCUAAACCAAACAAAUCCAGCCAAUUCAAUCAUUGAGAAACAAUAUUAAUAAAAAUCAAAAACUAAAUCAAAUCAAUCAAGGCACCAAGACGCUGGGGGGAUACCCACUGUUCGGUCAAGGCUGACGAUGUGUCAAACUGUGUAAGGGAAUCGCAUGGAGAUGGGCAUUCCGAACUGUUAAUGGGGACAUGGGACUCCAGUUGUCUCUGAUCACUUGUGUGGAUUUUCCCGGUGUAGAACGACAGAAGCCGCUAGUAAGUUGCCAAGACCUACAGCAGGAAUUCUGCACGAAAGGGCAUCACACCUUGUUAUUUUAACUUGCGUCUGGGAGAAUGUCUGAGCCAGGAGACCUGAAUCAGGCAGCAGUGGAGGAGGGCGGGACUGAACAGGAGUCUGCCACCCCGGAGAACGGCAUUGUGAAAUCUGAGAGUCUGGAUGAAGAGGAGAAACUGGAACUGCAGAGGCGGCUGGCAGCUCAGAAUCAGGAAAGAAGAAAAUCCAAGUCAGGAGCAGGAAAAGGUAAACUGACUCGCAGUCUUGCUGUCUGUGAAGAAUCCUCAGCCAGGCCAGGAGGUGAAAGUCUUCAGGAUCAGGAAUCAAUUCAUUUACAGCUUUCCAGUUUUCCCAGCCUGCAAGAGGAUGAUAAAUCUAGGAAAGAUGACUCAGAAAGAGAAAAAGAAAAGGAUAAAAACAAAGAUAAAACCUCUGAAAAACCCAAGAUCAGAAUGUUAUCAAAAGAUUGCAGCCAAGAAUACACGGAUUCUACUGGCAUAGACUUACAUGAGUUUCUGAUUAACACAUUAAAGAAUAAUUCCAGGGACAGGAUGAUACUCUUGAAAAUGGAGCAGGAAAUUAUUGAUUUCAUUGGUGACAACAACAAUCAUUAUAAAAAGUUCCCUCAGAUGUCAUCCUAUCAGAGGAUGCUUGUCCAUCGGGUGGCAGCUUACUUUGGGUUGGAUCACAAUGUGGAUCAAACAGGGAAAUCUGUUAUCAUCAACAAGACCAGCAACACAAGAAUACCAGAGCAAAGGUUUUGUGAACAUUUAAAAGAUGAAAAAGGUGAAGAAUCCCAGAAGCGGUUUAUCUUGAAGCGAGAUAACUCUAGUAUUGAUAAAGAAGACAAUCAGCAAAACAGAAUGCAUCCCUUUAGAGAUGACAGACGAAGUAAAUCAAUUGAAGAGAGAGAAGAGGAAUAUCAGAGAGUGAGGGAGAGAAUAUUUGCACACGAUUCAGUUUGCUCCCAGGAAAGCCUUUUUGUGGAAAACAGUAGGCUCUUGGAAGACAGUAACAUAUGCAAUGAGACCUAUAAGAAAAGACAGCUCUUUCGGGGCAACAGAGAUGGCUCAGGGAGAACAUCCGGGAGUCGACAGAGCAGCUCGGAGAAUGAGCUCAAGUGGCCGGACCAUCAGAGGGCCUGGAGCAGCACAGACUCUGACAGCUCCAACCGCAAUCUCAAGCCCGCCAUGACCAAGACGGCAAGUUUUGGGGGCAUCACGGUGCUGACCAGGGGUGACAGCACAUCCAGUACCAGGAGUACCGGGAAAUUGUCCAAAGCAGGUAGUUCUGAGUCUAACAGCAGCACAGGCUCCUCGGGGUCUCUGCCCCGCACCCACGCACCCCUGCAGGGCGCGCCCCUGGCUACGGGCGUAGCCGCUGGCUCUCCGGGCUGUGUGCCCUAUCCAGAGGGCGGAGCAGGGGGCCAGGCAGCCCCCAGCACCAGCUACAUCCUCCUUCCACUGGAGGCUGCGACAGGCAUCCCGCCCGGAAGCAUCCUCCUCAAUCCGCACACAGGCCAGCCCUUUGUGAAUCCCGACGGAACCCCUGCAAUAUACAACCCCCCCACCAGCCAGCAGCCCCUGCGAGGCUCGAUGAUGGCGCAGUCCCAGCCACCGCCGCAGCAACAGCCUUCUCCUCAGCCACCCCAGCCACAUAUGGCCGGCCCACUGGUCACUCAGUCGGUGCAGGGGCUGCAGGCUUCCUCCCAGUCAGUGCAAUACCCAGCGGUCUCUUUUCCUCCCCAGCAUCUCCUGCCAGUGUCUCCAACUCAACAGUUCCCCAUGAGAGACGAUGUGGCGACACAGUUCACCCAGAUGAACCUGAGCCGGCAAUCCUCAGGAGAGACUCCUGAGCCCCCAUCUGGUCCUGUCUACCCGCCGUCCCUCAUGGCACAGCCAACCCAACAGCCAAGCUACGUCAUUGCCUCUACAGGCCAGCAGCUCCCUACGGGGGGGUUCUCAGGCUCUGGACCUCCCAUCUCCCAGCAAGUCAUCCAGGCCCCUCCCUCACCACAGGGCUUUGUGCAACAGCCUCCACCUGCACAAAUGUCCGUGUAUUACUAUCCAUCUGGUCAGUACCCUACCUCAAACACGCAGCAGUACCGGCCCCUGGCCUCCGCUCAGUACAGUGCUCAGAGGGGUCAGCCAACACCACAGGGGGCACAAGCAGGUUACCAGCCAGUCUUGUCUGGCCAACAGGGGUUCCAAGGCCUCAUAGGAGUGCAGCAGGCACCCCAGAGUCAGAGCGUGAUGAGCAACCAACCAGGAGCUCCGGUGCAAAGCGUGAUGGUCUCCUACCCAACAAUGUCUUCUUAUCAGGUGCCAAUGACCCAGGGUUCUCAAGGACUGCCCCAGCAGUCAUACCAACAGCCAAUCAUGCUACCUAACCAGGCAGGUCAAGGGUCACUCCCAGCCACUGGAAUGCCCGUUUACUGUAAUGUCACACCGCCGACCCCUCAGAACAACCUUAGGCUGAUCGGUCCACACUGCCCCUCCAGCACUGUCCCCGUGAUGUCGGCUAGCUGCAGGACAAACUGUGCAACUAUGAGCAACACCGGGUGGCAGAUCAAAUUCUGAGUGCUCUGGCUGUGCUGCAUUUUUGCGACCUUACUCAUGGCCUUUAAGGGAAGAGGAGCGAGGUGGGAGACUGGCUGAGGACUCAAGUAUUCACUCAACACUCAGAUGAUUGCUGCUGGUAUUCUGUAAAAAAACAAACAAAAAACAAAACAAAACAAAAAACAAAGACUAACACAAACAUUAGCUGGUUAAUGGUGCAUAUUUUCGUCAUGUCUGCUAGGUAUGCCUUUAUAGCUUAGCUAGUGACAUGAAUUCAUCAAGGUAAGAUUUUCUCCUACCACUGAAUACCACUGUGUAGAUUAUAAUAUCCCUAAUUUGGAUUAUUAGUUUUGUACUUUGUGUUGAGUUUGUGAUGCUAAAAGUAUUUAAAAAUGAUAUACUGAAAUCACAUUGUACCAAAGCUGUAAUGGAAAAGAAAAGAAUUGAUGAAUGGAAGGAAUAAUUUAUAUACACUAUAGAGUUUUCUUUUUUAAUGGAUAUAUACUGUAUUGUAGUGUUUAAUCAAAAUAAAACUAUUUGACCUUAUGGAGGAAGGUCAUGUUUUUA